ACCUUGAUCAACAAGCGGUGGGGGUGGUUCAACGUCGAAGACGUUCAUCUAGUCACUUUCAACGACGACGGUUUUGGAAAUCUCGUCCUCCCUAGUCACAAGAAACAGCUACUCUCAUCUCUCAUUAUGUCUCAGAACUUAGAAGAAUUUAGUACCGAUGACUUCGUCGAGGGUAAAGAAAAAGGUGUUAUCAUUCUGCUAAACGGUCCUCCUGGCGUUGAGGUGAUGGCGGAUCACGCUCGCCGCCCACUUCUCACGGCCAAUUCAGGCCAAUUCAUUGGCUCGCCGGCUGAAGUCGAAGUAUCUCUAGCUAAACUGCUUCAAAGUGCUACACGGUGGGGAGCUCCAGUGCUAUUAGACGAAGCAGAUGUUUUUAUGCAAGCUCGUAACUUGCAAGAUCUGGAGCGCAACGGAAUUGUUUCCAUGCUGCUGCGCACUCUUGAGUACUUCGAAGGGACACUGUUCUUAACAACCAACCGGGUUGGAACGAUUGAUAGCGCUUUCAUGUCCCGAAUUCACCUGGCGCUCUCCUACGAACCCCUAUCCGAAGCAGCGAGAAGACAACUCUGGGAUACCUGGAUAACACGAGCAUGUCGUGGACAGCGUCCUAUUUGA